AUGGUUCUGUUUCAGAACAAGAUCAUUUACAUGCCAUCUCUACCCCCAGGCUCAAGACGUGAGAAGUUGGAAGAUUACUCUAAAACAUGGGCUGGGGUAUCAUGGGAAGAGAGAAACAUCAAGUCUCUGGACGGAACCAAACUCUCUGUGGCCAUCGCACGUCCUGAAAACUUAUUUACAGUAGCCCGAGACAAGCGCAAACGAGUCGUCGUGCUCUACUUCCAAGGUAAUGGCGCAUCCAUUCCACCUCGGACACCAAUGCUUUCAAACAUCCUCAGAGCUGCUGCAAAAGACUCUCCGCACGAGUGGACCUUGCUCGCACUGUCUUACCGUGGAUACUGGACCUCCUCUGGGCGUGCUCAUCAAAGAGGCAUUGAGAAGGAUGCACAAGCUUUUGUAAAGUGGGCAAUUGAGAACUAUGGCCAGGACUCUGAGAAUACCGAAUUCAUCCUCUGGGGUCAGAGUAUUGGAUCAGGAGUCGCUGCAUAUGCUGCAUCGAAAUACCUCGAAACAGCAAAGUCCACUGAUGCUGCUCAGAUCUCCCGAAUUGUGCUCGAGACUCCUUUUGUAAGCAUCAAGAGCAUGCUCGCAGCCAUUUAUCCGGACUGGUGGGUGCCGUACAAACACCUCUGGCCAUUUCUCCGUAGCUGGUGGGACAGUGAAGACGCUCUGCGCAAGAUUGCUGAAUCCUCCAAUCCACCCAAAGUCUUGAUGGUCGUUGCUUCUGGUGAUGAGAUUGUCCCGCAGGUUCAGGCCGAUCAACUGGAGACACUCUGCAAAGACUUGCGACUGGACGUCACCAGGAGAGAUGUCUUGGGUGCUUUGCAUACUCAAGCAAGUACUCUAGAGCAGGGCAAGAGGGUCAUCUCAGACUGGAUGGCAGACCGCAAGAUCGACUAA